AUGGCGGUGGCUGCGUGGCUUCAGGUGGUGCCUGUCAUUCUUCUCCUCCUAGGCGCUCGAACGUCCCCCUUGUCGCUUUUCAGUGUAGGGCCGGCACCUGUCGCUGCUGCCGGGCGAUCCAAGUGGCACAUUCCGAUACCGUCGGCGAAAAAUUAUUUUAGUUUUGGAAAGAUCCUCUUCAAAAAUACCACUAUCUUCCUGAAAUUUGAUGGAGAACCUUGUGAUGCAUCUUUGAAUAUAACAUGGUAUCUGAAAAGUGCUGACUGUUACAAUGAAAUCUACAACUUCAAGUUGGAAGAAGUGGACACAUACUUGGAAAACCUUAAGGAAAAAAAAGACUUGUCUGGGAAAUAUGAAACAUCAUCAAAAUUGUUCCAGAACUGCAGUGAACUCUUUAAAGCACAGAGCUUUUCUGGAGAUACUGUGCAUAGAUUGCCUCUUUUAGGAGAAAGACAGGAGGCUAAGGAGAAUGGAACAAAUCUUACCUUUACUGGAGACAAAACUGUAAUGCAUGAUCCAUUGAAAACUUGGCAAGAUGCACCAUACAUUUUUAUUGUACAUGUUGGCAUAUCAUCCUCCAAGGAAUCAUCAAAAGAAAAUUCACGAAGUAAUCUUUUUACCAUGACUGUUGAAGUGAAAGGUCCCUAUGAAUACCUCACGCUUGAAGAAUACCCACUGAUGAUUUUUUUCAUGGUGAUGUGUAUUGUAUAUGUCCUGUUUGGUGUUCUGUGGCUGGCGUGGUCUGCUUGCUAUUGGAGAGAUCUCCUGAGAAUUCAGUUUUGGAUUGGUGCUGUCAUCUUUCUGGGAAUGCUUGAGAAAGCUGUCUUCUAUGCAGAAUUUCAAAACAUCCGAUACAAAGGAGAAUCUGUCCAGGGUGCCCUAAUCCUUGCAGAGCUGCUUUCUGCAGUUAAACGCUCACUGGCUCGAACCCUGGUCAUCAUAGUCAGUCUGGGAUAUGGCAUAGUCAAGCCUCGCCUUGGAGUCACUCUUCACAAGGUUGUGGUAGCAGGGGCCCUUUAUCUUUUGUUCUCUGGCAUGGAAGGGGUCCUCAGAGUUACUGGGUAUUUUUCGUAUCCCUUGACUUUGAUAGUAAACCUGGCCCUCUCAGCAAUUGAUGCCUGUAUUAUUUUAUGGAUAUUUAUUAGCCUGACUCAAACAAUGAAGCUAUUAAAACUUAGGAGGAACAUCGUAAAACUCUCUUUGUAUCGACAUUUCACCAACACACUUAUCUUAGCAGUGGCAGCGUCUAUUGUGUUUAUCAUCUGGACAACCAUGAAGUUCAGGAUAGUGACUUGUCAGUCGGAUUGGCGGGAGCUGUGGGUGGAUGAUGCCAUCUGGCGGUUGCUGUUCUCCAUGAUCCUGUUUGUCAUCAUGGUUCUCUGGCGACCAUCCGCGAAUAACCAAAGGUUUGCCUUUUCACCAUUGUCUGAGGAAGAGGAGGAGGAUGAACAAAAGGAACCUAUGCUGAAAGAAAGCUUUGAAGGAAUGAAAAUGAGAAGUACUAAACAAGAACCAAAUGGAAAUAGUAAAGUAAAUAAAGCACAGGAAGAUGAUUUAAAGUGGGUAGAAGAAAAUGUUCCUUCUUCUGUGACAGAUGUAGCACUUCCUGCCCUUUUGGAUUCAGAUGAGGAACGAAUGAUCACACACUUCGAAAGGUCCAAAAUGGAGUAAAGAAUGGGAAGAUUUGCAACUGAGGAUGGCUAGUACCUGGAAAGAGAUCAGCUUCUAUGUUAGUCACUGCACUGCUCCAUGGGAUUAAAGGAGGCAAUGACAUCUUGAUCUGUUCCUUGAUCUUUGUGCAUUGGAGCUGGCGAGAGGUGUUGGAACAAGGAGAACACACUCUUGAAAACAAGUUCAUAGGAUGAAAAGAAUCUACAAGUUUUCUAUUUGCAGCAUUGAUGCCCCUUUCCCUCCCACACCCUGACAUGGAUGUUUAUGCAACUUGUGUAUGUUGUUCCUAAACCUUCUAUAAUGUUUAAAUUGUUUAAUCUGUCAAACUAAAAAAUUUAACAUCCUCUGAAGAACUGUGACAUCAACGCCAUAAUACGUAAUAUCCAGGAGCAACUGCCUGUAAUUUUUAUUUAUUUAGGGAAUUACGUAGGUGAUGGGUGAAAUUGUUAAUUAUCUUUGCAUUUCCUGGGAAGCCAAGGUUAAAUCUUGCAGAGGUAGUUUAGAGGAAAAAAAAAAGUCCUGCGUUAAGGAGCCACAGUUCUAUCAGUGAUUAAAACAACAACAACAAAGGGAGAGAGAGAGACUGUUACAGUGUGAUUUAGAUCAUUUGAAGAAGCAAAAUCAAGUGCAAUUUUGUUUACAAAUGGUGUAUAUUAAAGAUUUUUCUAUUUCAGAUGUACUUUAGAGAGAAAUAUUAGCUUAACUCUUUUGACAUCUGCUAUUGUGACACAUCCCAUUGCUGGCAAUGUGGUGCACACUCCAGAACUUUUAACUACUGUUUUGUAAGCCUUCAAGGGCAGCAUUGUGGAGUCCUGGGCAGUGCUUUGUUUGCCUUCAUGCCUUUCACUGGGUGUUGCACUAGAUGCAGAAAGGCACUCCAUCAUAAGUGCAUGUGAGUGAGCACCCUGCUAAAGGGAUUAUAUGCUUCAGAAGAAGGAGCUAAUAUAAAGGAAACAGGUCCUUCUUUCUUAAACAGUUUUUUCUGCAUGAAAUAAUGUGGAGGCCCUGGACUGCUGCUCAUUUUUUAGGAUUGACUGUACUUGUAUCUCGUGUUGGCUUAGGGAUGGUUUAUAAGAAACAUCACAAGGUGAUGGGAUUCAUUUGAAGCACUAUUAUUUGUUCAAAUGAUUUUGUCCAAUUUUGCCUUCCCAAGAUUUUUUGUUCUACAUAGAAAGUUCAUGCCACUUUUUAAUAUUAAAAAGUUUUAACAAAA